GCUGACACCUUUUAUUACACGCGUACAAAUGACGAGUAAUUUAAAGUACCUAAACAUCACGGCACAAGUUAAAUCCUCGUCAAAUGAGAACCUCAUCGAUAUUGACAUGGAUGUGAUCCAGCCGCUUGCAAACCCUCGUAUAUCCAUUGUCCUCUGGCUUAAUUUAGGAGCUGGAGCGAUUCAGGCACCUUUCUACAACCAAACGAUCAACGUGUGCACCAUCAUCCGCAGCCCGGAAACGCACCGUCUGGUGCAGAUCGUGUAUCGGGAGAUGAAACGCCACGGAAACAUGCCGCUCGGUUGCCCGAUAGCAGUCGAUGUCUACAAGUUUCGCAACGUUACCACCGGACAGAUGCGUUUGCCAGCAUUUUUUGGCAGGGCAGACUUCAUGCUGGAUGUCAACGGUUUGCUAGGAAGCGCUAAUAUACGUACGUUCGACAGCCGCUGGUAUGGGUUCAUUAACGGCAUCAAAUGUACCUCAACUAGCCGUUGCUGAACUGGUGCGAACUGAUGAAUCUAUAUAGAUGGAAUCGGGAAUAGAUAAUAAAGAAGCUUCCAACUCCCCACGGGGAUCGACGUUGGGAA